AUGUCGGCCAAGUGGAGAGCUAUACAACAUCGCCACCGGUACACUUACAACGCCGUCGUUUUUCCACCUUCCUUCAUAGAUUCCUUAAACCAAUCAUCUCUCUCAGCCUCAGGCCCAACCUUCUACAAUGAGCUUCAACAUCUCAUCUCUUUAAACUCGACUUAUUCCCAAGUUAAUCAUGUCAGAAAGGUGGCUUCUUCUUUCAAUGAACUCUUAGUAAAAGAAGGUGAAAAAAAUGAAGCCUUGGUUUCAACGGCAGCAGCUUUUUACUUGGAAGUUUUCUUUUUGGAGAAUUCAAUGCCUUUGCAUAGAACCCUUUUGUCAGUUUUGGCUAAAACCAAGGAUGUUUUUCAGCCUGUUAUUGGUGAGUGUUUCAGGUUACUUUGUAAUGAGUAUGGUACAAUUAGUAGCAAGAAGAAGCGUUUUUCUGUGUCACGUGUGGCUUUAUCAGUAAUGGGAAUGCCAAAGUUGGCGUUUUUAGUUGAUGUGAUUGAAGAUUCUGCUGUUUUGGUUUGUUGGGAUAUUGUUUUGGGGUUAAAAAGUGUGGUUUUGGAGACUGAAGGGUGGGCUAGACCUUCUCCUAUAGUUCUGGAGCAGUGUCAGGAGGCACUGUCUUGCUUAUAUUACUUAUUUCAGAAGUUUCCAGGGAAAUUUAACUUGGGUGGUGUAGAUUCUAAUGUGAUGGAGAUGGCUUUGGGGAUUUUGAUAAGUCUGUUGAAAUCAGUGGCAUUUUCGAGGGACUGCUUUGUGGCGGCUUGUGUGAGCUUUUUUGCUGCUUUGCAAGUUUGUCUCAGUGAUCAAGAGCUCGGUUUGUUCAUCAUUGAAGGUAUAUUUGAUCAAAUUGUUAGUAGUUCUGGCACUAAUAGUGAGGGUUCUUUUAACAAUGUUAUUAGCAAGAUUCCGUAUAAGGGAUAUGUUUGUCUUGAUAUACGUAAUCUCUCUGGGUUGAAUAGGCUUUGUAUGAUUAGAGGCAUUCUUACUGCUGUUCCGAGAAUGGUUCUAAAUGCACAUGUUGUUGUAUCUAGGGAAAUUUUUUAUGAUUUUGAGUUUCAUGGAAAUGCUGCUAGUUCUCUGAAGACUAUAUUGUAUGAUGGGAUUUUGCCUGAGCUGUGUAAUUACUGUGAGAACCCCAUAGAUAGCCAUUUUAACUUUCAUGCAUUAACUGUGAUGCAAAUUUGUUUGCAGCAGAUUAAGACCUCUAUGCUGGCAAACCUUGCAAAAGCAUCUGAAAAUUACAAUCCAUUGCCGGAAGAUAUGGGAACCCGACUGCUGAGAAUAAUAUGGAAUAACUUGGAAGAUCCUCUAAGUCAAACAGUCAAACAAGUUCAUCUUAUUUUUGAUCUUUUCUUAGACAUUCAGUCCUCUCUUUGUGGGACAGAGGACAGUGAGAAAAUUAAGUCAUUCCUACGAAAGAUUGCUUCAGAUCUUCUUCGUUUAGGGUCACGUUGUAAGGGGAGAUAUGUUCCUUUAGCUUUGUUGACCAAGAGGUUUGGAGCAAAGACUAUGCUGGAUAUGAGUCCUGACCUGCUGUUUGAAAUAGUACAGGCAAACACUGAGGAUGAUGUAUGCUGUGCUGCCACAUCAUUCUUGAAGUGUUUCCUUGAAUAUUUGCGUGAUGAGUGCUGGAGUAGUUAUGGCAUUGAAAGAGGAUAUGUGCUUUAUAGAGGACGUUGUUUACCCCCCUUUUUGAACGGUCUUGCUUCUGGGAUUUCAAAGCUUCGUUCAAAUUUGAACACAUAUGCUCUUCCAGUUUUACUUGAAUUAGAUGUUGAUGGUAUAUUUCCUCUGCUUAACUGUAUCUCCAUUGGGCCAAGUGAGGUGGAAAAUGGGCUUUUAUAUCCUGAGCUUGGUUGCACAAACAUGGAACUAAGAGUAGAACAAAAAGUGGCUGUUUUGAUCUCCUUGCUUAAGGUGUCUCGCUCACUUGCUUUGAUUGAAGGGAAUAUUGAUUUUUAUGAUGACUCUAUGACAUCUGAUAUGGACGGUAUGGUGGAAACAAAAAGCUUUAAUUUCUAUGCACUUGUCUGCAUAAAGGGGAUAAAAGUUAGGAUCCUUGUUGGGUGGCUUGUAUUAGCAUUGACACACAUUGAUGAAUCACUUCGUGUAGAUGCUGCAGAGUUUCUUUUCUUAAACCCCAAGACAUCUAGUCUGCCUUCCCGUUUGGAACUUUCUCUAAUGAAAAAAGCUGUGCCUUUGAACAUGAGGUCCUCUUCAACAGGUUUUCAGAUGAAAUGGAGCAGCUUGUUUAGGAAGUUCUUUUCUCGUGUGUGCACAGCCUUGGAGAGGCAAUUUAAGCAGGGCAGCUGGCAGCCUCGCAUGAACCAUAAAGGUAGUGAGUUGUGUCUAUGUAAGGGAACUGAGGAAAAUGCUGUUAGCAGAGCAGAGGAGCUAUUUAAUUUUAUGAGGUGGUUGAGUUGUUUUCUGUUUUUCUCUUGUUAUCCUUCUGCCCCUUAUAAGAGAAAAAUAAUGGCCAUGGAGCUAAUACUGAUAAUGAUCAAUAUUUGGUCUGUCAUACCUUCUUCUCAAGAAAGAUCAGCUUCUAUUUCUCCUGAGAGCUGUCUUUGUCCUUACAGUGUAGGAAUUACUUCACCUGACACGACCUUCCUGUUGGUUGGAUCCAUAAUUGAUAGUUGGGACAGGCUGCGAGAAAGUUCUUUCCGCAUAUUGCUGCAUUUUCCCACUCCGCUUCCUGGCAUUUCAAGUGAAGAAAUGGUCCAGAAAGUAAUUAAAUGGGCUAAGAAAUUGGUUUGCAGUCCACGUGUGAGAGAGAGUGACGCUGGUGCUCUAACUUUGCGGACUGAGUUUGUUUGA